AUGGCGGCGAAUACUGGCAAGGCAGGCGUCAUCGUCGCUCCCAACGAUGCGCCCAGCAUGGAUAAGCUUGCACAUGCUGUACUCGAUGAUCUCCUCUACAACAUCGUUCACGACCUCCUGGUCAAGGUGCACCGCGACGAGAAGAUGGCCCGGGCCACCACUGCCGCAAUCCGUGUCGAGAAGCUGGCUUCCGAUGCCUCAGAGUCUGCCGACCCUGAUGUAAACCCGGACGUUCGUGUUGAGACAGACGCCGCUGUCUACGAAGACGGCAAAGUCACCCUCAAAGGCAAUCCGCUCAAGACCACGACCGAGAUAAUCUGCCCCAGAUGUCACCUCCCUCGAUUACUAUACCCGACCGAUGGCAAGGGCGCGAGGAAACCAGACCCAAGCAUCAUCUACUGCAAGAAGCAUCCGUACAUUGACAAGCCUGGCUACGACAUUUACGGACAGACAUGGGUGCCGCAGGGGCCAGGAAGGGGCAAGAAGAAGAAAGACAUGGAGAAGAAGCUUAUACCAGAGACGGCCUCAGAUUCUGGCGGAGUGACCCCGACACCCGAGCAGCGACCGGCGAACGUGCUUUCAUUCCCGUCCGCGACAUGCAGCAAGUGCAAGAGGUGUAUUCUGGUCACUCGAUUGAACAAUCACAUGGGCUCUUGUAUUGGCAACAGCGGACGCAACGCAAGUAGGGCGGCGGCGCAGAAGAUCAGCAACGGAAGCAAUGGCAACAGUCAGAACGACAACACACCCCCGUCUAGCCAGAAGGGCACUCCGUUGCCCGGAUCAAGAGCUGGGAGCCCUAGGAAACGAGACGGUGAUGAGUUUGACGAGGACGACGAGUCUGACCCGAACAAUCCCAAGAAGAAGAAGGCUAAGCCCUCUGUCACAAAGAAGGUUAUCUUGAAGACCAAGAACCCCAAGAAGGAGAAAGUAAAAACAAGCUCAUUCCUGAGCGUGGAGUCGAAGCUCGACGACGACGACAAGAAGUCAACUGUGGAGGUUCUUCCUAAGAAAUCAACUUCAAAAAUCCCCUCGCCAGCUAAAAAGCUCAAGCUGGGUGCUGCAAAGCCUCCUCUCCCGUCACCCAAAGCCAAGAACGGCCGGGAUGCUGAUGCAGAAUCCGAAUCAUCGGGAACACUAUCCUCGCCACCGCAAUAG